CUAGCGGCUGGUUGUCAAUCUCAGCUGUUCCGCGAUUGAAAGAAACGGCAAUAAUUUCUUCUUUUUAAUAUUUAUAUAUAUAUGCACAAAAAAAUAACGCGGAUAAUUGUAAACAAAAAAUUACUGUUUUACCAUAUUUAUUUAUUAACGACUUGAACCGGUGCAGUGUAAAACAAAGUGAUAUGAAGUUGAAUAAUGUAGUUCCCAAUAGCUGUCGAGUAUGCUUGAAACGUUCAACUAAGCUGCGCUCUCUUUACAAGCCACUGGACGAAGGUGAGGAGCCGCCAAAUGAAAUGCUGCGUCUUAUAACCGGCGUUGAGCUGGAGGAGGUGGAUGUCUGCGAAGGACUACCCAAAUUUAUUUGCAAGAACUGUGAGCUGUCACUAAGUUUAGCCUAUCAGUUUCGCGUUAAAGUGCUGCGUACACAUCAAAUCCUCCAAAACUUAAGAGUCUCUGACGAGGCGAGAGUUGAAACAAAUGAUUCUACAACAACUUCUGUGAAAGUGGAGUUGGAUUAUUGGGCGAAUGGUAAUGCGCCCAGUGAUGAGGUUUACAUCAAUGAAGAACAAGUACAGAAUAGUAAAGACAUGAAAGUAGAAGUGCUAGAAUUGUCAUUUUCCGACAUUGACGCAAUUAAUAUAGAAGAUGAAGAGCAGGAGAUACUAGCACUAAAUGAGGAAGACGAGGAAAUAAAUGAAGAAUGCAAACCAGAGUAUUUGGAUGACAUAGAAUUUGACAAUGAUGCAGAAACUGCUAGUAUGUCCGCACCUGAGACCGUAUCGGAAGCAGAAGAGCAUGAUUCGCAGGGAGAUCAGUCGCUAUUUAAUUAUGAUAUGAAAGUUGAACCUGAUGAUGACGCCAUUUCCGAAGAAGCUACUGCUGAAGAAAAAAAAUUAGCUCCUGUAAAUAUAAAAUCCGAAAAUAAGUGUUGGGAUCUAAGAUCCGCGUGUGAAAAUGCAGCGCAAAUGGGAAAACGGAAGUCGCCUACAAAAUCUACCACCAACAACAAAGGGAAACAAAAACAACAGCCAACUAAAUCCGUUCAGGAAGCGGAAAUUUUGGGGGCCACAGCAGAAAAAAGCUCGCGAAGUACUAUUCGUAACGCCGCUCAUAUUUGCGAUAUAUGUGGGAAUAUUUAUGCGAAACGCGGCCGCAUGAUGGAGCAUAGACGGCGACACGACAAAGAGUUGCGUUUCGCUUGCGAGCUCUGCGAUAAACGUUUUCACCUGCGUGAAAAAUUGCGCAAGCAUAUGUUUCUGCACACUGGCGGCAAACCAUAUAAAUGUUCGUUCUGCAGUCGGACAUUCUUCUAUGAAAGUGUGAAGAAAGCCCACGAGACGGUUCAUAGCGGUGUCAAACCGUACGUCUGCGAUGAAUGUAAUAAAGCCUUCGCAUAUGCCCAUGCGCUCAGCAAACACAAACUGAUACACGCCGACAUCAAGCUGUAUCACUGCGAGUAUUGUGGCAAGGACUUCCGCCUGCAGCAUCACAUGAAACAGCAUAUCGAAACAAAGCUGCAUCAAAAUGCCGUACGUGUUGCCCAAAUGUCACACACAGAGAUUAAAUCAUUGUCUAUUGGUCCGUCAAAGGAACUACCAGCAACUAUAUCGAAUAUAUAAACUAACAUUAGGUUUAUUCAAUUUAAAAUUGUAAUUGUUUACUAUUAGUAUUAUAACACACAUUUUAUGUA